AGGAUCUACGGAACGGGUCAAAGCCUACGAUGGGAUGACGAGAGUACCAAAGGAAUAACAGUUGAGAAUCCGGACCUGCAAGGACGAAGGAUCUGGAGCAGUCAACGAGGUCACGAGCACAGUGAUUGUCCAAUCGAGAAUUCAGGAACAGGAUGGAUGGCUGAUGCCGAGGAGGUCUGCCGUAUCGAGCAGACGACUCAAGCUUCCGCAGCCGAUGACCAUGCAGGCGACUGGAAGCGCACUGUGGCUGCGGCUGGGCAGGAUCAGCGACGAGGAUGUGAGAUGUCUCGUUACGAAUAUUUACGAGGAACCACACGCACCCACCCACCCACGCUGUAGCGAUGAGCAACGAGAGAUCCGUCCGAAGGAGUUGAUGGGCUGCGGUCGUCACAUUCACUGACUGCCCCCCUCGGCCUGCCGCAAUCAAUUCGUGGAAGAACGAUGGACGAUGAUCUGUAGCCGAAGGCGAAGGAACUGCGAGAACGGGCGCCGGUCAGAGAGGACUGCGCCGAGAGGAUCCAACACUACAGGAGCGAGCUGCGUGGUGGACUACCACCUGCACGUCCGAGAUCCAGCGAAUUUCUGUGCGGACCACGGAUCCGACGGUGGGAUUUCCCUCUGGUGCCCCGACGCGGUUGAAGGGAGGAGUGACUUCAGGACCGCUUAAUGAACACAGUAGAGCCCGUGAGGUGUGCGGGGACCAGGACUCUCCGCGAGCGAGCGAGCGAGCGAGCGAGCGGCGGCUAAGUCAGAGCGC